CUCCCCCUGACCAACUCUAGGGCAGCAGCGGUGGUAAAGUUUGGAGAGGAAAACUCAGACUUCUUCAGCGGACAAGAGGCUCACCAAACAUACACCGACACAGGCCAAAACCAGGCAUCCAGUAUGGACGACUUGGACGCGUUGCUGGCGGACCUGGAAUCUACUACGUCCCACAUCUCAAAGCGACCAGUGUUCUUGCCCGACGAGACCCCCUACUCCAUCCCUACCGGAGGACACUCCUACCAGGAUGUGUCGGUUCCACCUCCAGUUCCUCCUCCACCUUCAGCCGAGGCUCUGAACGGCUCCCUGAUAGAUCAGCCCGACUCCCACCACUCCUCUCAGCAGUCUUUAGGUUCAGCCCAGAAGAGCUCAUGGUCGAGAGACAGUAGCAGCUCUCCGUUGUCUCACAUUGAAGAGGACCACGUCUACAGUUUCCCAAACAAACAGAAGUCAUCCGACUCGUCGACAGCAGCCAUGACCUCUGCCCUUGGCAGCAACCUAUCAGAGCUCGACAGGCUGCUUCUUGAACUCAACGCAGUGCAACAGAGCUCCCCUUCGUUCCCCACCACAGAGGAGACAGCUCCACCCUUACCGUCCUGCAGUAUCACCCACUACGAGAACGGCGGCGCCCCUGAGAUCAUGGUAAGCCCUCCUGCUCAGGAGAAGCCCAAGAGGAACGGAACAAGAUUGGACGAGGCCCGACCGACUGUGGAGAGUCUGCUGGACGAGCUGGAGGGCUCAGUGCCUUCACCCAGCCCCUCUGCUCGCCACAGCGAUUUGGACAGCCCCUCUCAGCAGCAAGCCCGAAUUUCAGCUUCCUGUGCCACAAGAGAGCUCGAUGAGCUGAUGGCAUCUUUGUCAGACUUCAAGAUUAUGGCUCAAGGGAAGAGUGCUGUUCCCGGCGGUCCCCCGACACAGGUCAACAAGCUGGACAACAUGCUCGGUAGCCUGCAGUCUGACCUCAACAAACUGGGCGUGCAGACAGUAGCUAAAGGAGUUUGCGGCGCCUGCGCAAAGCCAAUCGUGGGACAGGUGGUGACCGCCAUGGGCCGCACAUGGCACCCCGAACACUUUGUGUGCACACACUGUCAAGAGGAGAUAGGCUCCAGGAACUUCUUUGAGCGUGAAGGACAGCCCUACUGUGAGAGAGACUACCAUAACCUGUUCUCCCCGCGAUGCUUCUACUGCAACGGGCCCAUACUGGAUAAAGUUGUGACGGCGCUGGAUAGGACAUGGCAUCCUGAACACUUCUUCUGCGCUCAGUGUGGCUCUUUCUUUGGCCCAGAGGGUUUCCAUGAAAAAGAUGGAAAAGCUUAUUGCAGGAAGGAUUACUUUGACAUGUUUGCACCGAAAUGUGGCGGCUGUGCUAGAGCCAUUCUGGAGAACUACAUCUCAGCGCUGAACUCCCUCUGGCAUCCCGAGUGUUUUGUUUGCAGGGAGUGCUUCACCCCAUUUGUGAAUGGAAGUUUCUUUGAGCAUGACGGCCAGCCCUACUGUGAAGUGCACUACCACGAGCGACGCGGCUCCCUUUGUUCCGGCUGUCAGAAGCCCAUCACAGGCCGCUGCAUCACGGCCAUGGCCAAGAAGUUCCACCCGGAGCACUUUGUCUGCGCCUUCUGCCUCAAGCAGCUCAACAAAGGCACCUUUAAAGAACAAAACGACAAACCCUACUGCCACGGCUGCUUCGUCAAGCUGUUCAGUUAGGCACGAGAGCACAUAACUGUACUACAGAGUUCUGUGUUUGGGUCACGGCUUAGAUAAGUGUCUAAAGCAUCUUUAGCACAAGUAGUGUGGGAAUGGAUUGUGUUUAUAUAUAUUAAAAAAAAAAGGUUGUCUGUUUUCUGAUGAUGACAUUGGAAGUGUGUAUGGAUUAGGUAUGUGCAUGUGGUUAAAGCAGCAUUCAGGCUAAAAUACAUUUAACUUGUGCUUGAGACAUUUGGGAAAAAAGGUCACUAUUUUCAAACUGAUAACUGUGUUUUUCUUUAAGCUCCUAUUGGUUUUAAAUGAGCCUGUAGGUUUGAUGCAGAUCGACUCGCAGCACAACAUUUUAAGGACAAUGAAAAUCUUCAGAGCCUGAAAAACUGGCAUUACAAUGUUUUUUUUAAAUCAACACUGAUAUGCAGAACUCAAGUUUUUUUUUUUUUUGUCCAAUCUUCUAAAAUGUGUUGGACUUAUAAACAGGCAAAGAGCUGUCGUUCUUUUUUUGUUACUCUCGCACCAAUUUGUUUUCUAAUCUUUUUAGUUUUUGUCUUUUACUUUAUAGAAGUUGGUGAAAUCUUUCUGAACACUGAAGAAAUCCAUGAAAUGCUCUGUGUGUUUGACAUUGUUGCUCACUGGUUGAGUGUCCUUUUUAGAAACCAUGAAAAAAGAAGCAAGAGUCAGAAAACUAUAGCAGGGAGAAGGUGACCUGUUAUUUUUAGCAUUACAGUAGAAACCAUUUUACAGCUGAUGAGGAGAAAAGCUUUUUAAGAUGUUUUUGUAAAGCUGGACAGAGCAGAUGGAUAAACCCACAAUAUCAUUGUCGCAUUUACUGGAAAUAGGCUUAGUCAGCACUCACUAUUAUUUUUGUAUGUGUGUAAUGUGUUGUUAGACCUUUUUAUGGAGUCACCCAAUCAGCCUAAGAUAUAUAUAUAAUGAUUUAAUGUGUUGACACCAGCAUGUCAGAACAGAAACAUUUAAUGAAUCUCAAGCACACGUAUCUUUUAGCCAAAGUCUGAAGUCACCCAUCGGUGAAUAUUUCAGUGUUGCUCAUUGGAAAAAUUCAAUAUGCAUCAGUUCAUCAGUAACUGCGGCUCUUAUGAGUAAGGGGCAACUGCAUAUUUUUGAGCAAACCUCACGUUUUUAAAUGUUUCACUGCCAAAUCAUUCCUUGUCUUUUCACAGAUGAAAAGAGAAAAUCUGAAAACAGUUUCUUGCAGUAGCUUCAUACAGUGAAGUGGAGCCUCAAACAGAUAUUGGGAGUAUUUUGUGAUAACUGGCAUCUCUUACACAACCAGUACCAUUUCUGAGUACAUCCUCAGAUGUUGUUUUUCUUUUUUUUGUUUGUAAAUAUCCGAUGCAGCUACAUUGUAAGCAAAGCGCUGGCAUGCUUAGCAUGUACAUGUGUUUGAUAACCACUCAUUCAGAGAGGGAGAGGGCAGGUGGAAAGACAUAACAAAGAUACUUUGGUAUUUUUAGUGUCAUUACUGUAUUGAGAAGCUGAUGAAUGUUCACUAUUUUGAAAGAGAAGUAUAUAAUGCAAGAAAAUCCAUAAAAUAAGCAUGUGAUACUCCAAUAAUGCUAUGCAACUGUGGAUUAACCCCUUUGUAUGUCAGCAUCUUUGUUCAAUAACAGGCUGUCUGUGCCAUUGUAUCAGUACAAUGUCUAAUAACACUGGCAAAUUCAGCAAAAUACUGUUAACAGAUGAGAAUCCACAGUUAUGUUUUCAUGUUACUAGUCUGUGAGUCCACUGAGAAGUGUAGGCUGUGGGAGUCAAAGCCUGGUGGUCUUCUAGAAGAAGUUGUAGGACUAAGAUGACUCACUUCCCUCAGCAUCUGAGUAGCAUCUACUGUAUGACCACCAGGCUGGGUCUGUACAUGGUUCAUCAUGAAAUGCAGCAGAUGUAUCGGGCCUUUGUCUUGUUCAGGGAAAUCUAGAGCCUUAACUCUUUUCUCUCUUUCUAUUUAAGAGAUCAUGUAACAGUUGUUUUUUUUUUCAAAUCAUUUUAGUAGAGUGUUAUUUAACCAAAGCCAUACCUUCUUUGAAUUGUUUUUUCUGUUCCUUUUUUUUUCUUUUCACUUUGAAUGUCAAUAGGUAUGAAUAGUGAGAUUCCUCACCUCUAGUCUGAUUACGCAAAUAAAUUCUGUUUUGGUAUCAAAA